CCUGAGGGCGGCCGUCGGCCCGGCGGCGCCUGGAAUGCGGCUGGGGAGCGAGGAUGGGCACGCAGGGCAGCCCGGUGAAAAGCUACGAUUACCUCCUCAAGUUCCUGCUGGUGGGAGACAGCGACGUGGGCAAAGGGGAGAUCCUGGAGAGCCUCCAGGACGGCGCGUCCGAGUCCCCGUACGCCUACAGCAACGGAAUUGACUACAAGACUACUACCAUCCUGCUGGACGGCAGAAGGGUCAAGCUGGAGCUCUGGGACACGUCGGGGCAAGGCAGAUUUUGCACCAUUUUCAGGUCGUACUCCAGAGGAGCCCAGGGAAUUCUCCUGGUGUAUGACAUCACCAACCGCUGGUCCUUUGAUGGGAUAGAUCGAUGGAUAAAGGAAAUAGAUGAGCAUGCCCCAGGGGUGCCCCGGAUCCUGGUGGGAAACAGACUUCACCUGGCCUUCAAACGACAGGUGCCCACAGAGCAGGCCCGGGCGUACGCUGAGAAGAACUGCAUGACGUUCUUUGAGGUCAGCCCACUGUGCAACUUCAACGUCAUCGAGUCCUUCACAGAGCUGUCCCGCAUCGUCCUCAUGCGGCACGGCAUGGAGAAGAUCUGGAGGCCCAACCGAGUGUUCAGCCUGCAGGACCUGUGCUGCCGCGCCAUCGUUUCCUGCACCCCCGUGCACCUCAUCGACAAGCUGCCGCUGCCCGUCACCAUCAAGAGCCACCUGAAAUCCUUCUCCAUGGCCAACGGGAUGAACGCGGUGAUGAUGCACGGCCGCUCCUACUCCCUGGCCAGCAGCGGGGGAGGCAGCAGCAGCAAAGGCAACAGCCUGAAGAGAUCCAAAUCCAUUCGGCCGCCCCAGAGCCCCCCCCAGAACUGCUCACGCAACAACUGCAAGAUCUCUUAGCAGGACGGGCGCCGUGAGCUCCGUGUGCUCCCGCACGCCCAUGUACAGAUGUUUGCACUCUGCACCCUUUGCAAGGAUCCUUUAGGAUGGGCCUCGGCUGCUUUCCCCGCGCUGCACGCAGGCAUCAGGGAUGUGCUCUGCUUUGGCCCCGGGUGUGAAGCGUGCUGCCGGCUGCAGGAGGGAGAGGACUCUGCCAGGUGACCCUCUGGGAAUGCUUUGGGCUUCACCUCUCGGCCUGGGGUGGAAAAUUCAGCAGCUGCCGGGUUGGGGA